AUGCCCUAUACAAAAGCAGAGUGGACGUGAUUUUUACGGGACAAUGGAUACCAUUUGUAAUGUUCUUGGUUUGGGAUUGUUGCUUCUCUCUGUAAAACAGAUCAACUCAAAUGAUGUACAGUGUUUGGCUGGAUGUAGCUGCACGACCAGUCGCCAAGGAAGGUCUCUCUUGUGCAUGGAAACACCUUUAUCGAGGAUACCUGAAGAUAUACCUGAGGAUUUCACUAAAAUCCGGAUUGAGAAAUCUCACCUGACUGAAAUUCCUAAGAGUGCAUUCUCUCGUUAUAAAUCACUGGAGAAUCUCUGGCUAAACUUUAACGAUAUCACUAUAAUUAAUAUAAAGAGUCUAGAGGGGUUAAAUAAUCUGACUGAGCUCAGGCUGGAGGGGAAUAAACUGAGCUCGGUUCCAUGGACAGCAUUUGAGGACGCACCCAGCCUGAAGAUCCUGGACCUGAAGCACAACCGCCUGGAUGUUCUGCCUGAACACGCACUGAAAUUUCUGCCAGGUCUGACCUACUUAGACUUAUCCUUCAAUCAGCUUACAGUCAUUUCUAAAGACGUGUUCCUGAAGUGGCCUCUGUACGACCGUGUUUUUAAGAGUGCAGAGCGGGAAACUGUGCCAACCAACGUGGUUCUGGCUCUUCACGAGAACCCCUGGCAGUGCGACUGCCGCCUCAGAGGGUUUGUGGAGUUUGUGAUGUCACUAAGCCCACCCAUCAUCCUGAUGAACUCCUACCUAAGCUGCAGUGGCCCCGAGUACAUGGCGGGAAAAUUCUUCCACGAGGUCGAGCUAAAGACUUGCAUCAAACCCGUAGCGACUAGUCCGACCACCAACAUUAGCAUGCCACUAGGGGCAAACGUCACCCUGACGUGCUUCGCAAUGGCCAGACCAGAACCAGCUGUCUGGUGGACAUAUGGUCUUAAGAUACUAAGAGGAUUUCAUGAACUUCAGACCCGUGUGAAUGAAGAGACAGUCAAGUCUGAGCUGAUUAUUCCAUCCCUGCACUUAGCUGAUCGUGGAGUGUACACCUGCACAGCCAACAACUUCAUCGGCAAUUCAUCUGUCAGCAUUCUGGUGGACGUUAAAUCUCUUGACCAGUCAAAUCCCCGUUCCCCAGCAUAUCCUGCUACAGCACCUGAGGAGAAUGUUUACAUUGAUAUCCGGAUUGCCAAGCAGACGGUAUACGGCAUCACUAUUGAGUGGUAUGCUGUGACAGAAAACCCAUCAGAGACCUGGUUCAGCAUCCACUUCGGCAGAUACGACACACCCAAAAAGGAGCUGAUCUAUAUUGGCCCUGGUAUCAACACCUACUCAGUUACAGACCUGCUGCCGGCCACUAAGUAUGACAUCUGUGUCACUCUAAAGAACCAAGCCCCCCGUAACGGUCAGUGCAUUGUGUUUGUGACGGGCAGCGACAUGAGCGAGAUGGAGCAGAGAGAGAAGCUCAUUCAUAUCGUGGUCAUUGUGUUAGCUAUGGUGCUGGCUGUGCCUGCAGGAAUGUAUGCCUGCACUACAGACACUAAGUUCCAUUGCUUCGAUCGUGGAUUGGAGACGUGGAGGAACUGGAGGCGGGCAGAGCAAACGCACAGGCCGGAUGAGGGGCAGGGGACCUUUGAUAGCCUCCAGGGUGCCAGCGAUGAAGGCCUCUGCAAAGAUUCCAACGAGGGACACAACACUCGCAGAAGAUCUGAAGAUAAAAUCCAGAAAAACAAACCCUCAACACAGCUGUACUGAUUUUACAUACACUCGUAGACCAUAAUUUACAAUUAUGAAUGUAGGGCAGGGACGGCUCAGUGGUUAAAGCACUGGGUUAUUGAUGACUGGGGUGUGGCUUCAAUGCCAGGGAUUGGGGUUUUAAAACAUAUGCCCAGCUACCACUGUUGACCUAUUAAUUAAGCCCCAUAACCCGCACUGCUCCCCGGGAGCUGUAGCAAGGCUGUACACCACUCCAGACACAUGUGUCCUCUAUAUACAUUAUAUACAUAUUUAUAUAUACUAUAUACUAUAUACAUAUUUCUUGUUCAUAUGAAGUAGUGCACUGACAACAAGGUGUCUCACUCAAACUUCUAAAAUGUGCAGAUGACUAAGAUCUACCUACACUUUUACACAACAAUUGCACUGACAUGCCAAAUGUCAUGGGACAUGGAAGAAAUAUCAUGUCUCAUGUCUUUGUCCAUUACCACCAACUGUGGUAUAACACCUCACAAAUGGUGGAGUUGAGGGUAAAGGUGUUGCCAAAGUUUCCAAAGGGACCCCCUAGAUUAUACUUCUUGAUCAAUUUAGAUCAGGGGUCGGCAAUAGGUGGCCUGCGUGCCAGAUGUGGCCCACAAGCAUGAAGCAUUUGGCCUGUGAGUUUGUUUCAACUAUAAUGAUUGAUAAUGAAAAAAUAAAAAAUAAAAUGCUUCUCUGGCGAACUUCAGUUUUCAAGCCUCCCCUGUCCCUCCGUCGUGCUCAGCGUGAACUUAGUUAUGCCCGUUCUUGUUUUUCUGCCUUUUAUUGGGCUGCCUAUCUCCUUAUAAGUGUUUACCUGCUUUGAGAUAAAAUGUUCUGAAAUUGGGUUCAACAACCCUCUGUGCUGGAGAGCUACUAGUCUGUAGCACUUUAUCCUAUUCACACUUCAUUUUUCAAAACAGAUUUUUUUUUGUGGCCUGCCACGUAAUAGCUUGGAAAAUAUCUGGCCUGCGGCUAAACUUAAUUGCCAACCCCUGAUUUAGAUACUGUUAUCCCGUGACUUUUGGUAUAUCUGUGUAUUUGUCACAGUCUUACAACAUGAUCCAGACAGCUUUAAUUGUCUCAGGGAACAGACUUUAAGGGUUAAAAAUAGACACCGUAAUCCUUUUUAAGAAGAACAUUAGUUAAAUGGUUGUGUUAAAUGCGAUACUCCUGUAGCUGUGUGCUUUUAUUUGUAGUAGUUGGAAUUGAUGCUUGUAAGGUGACUCAAAAAGAGAAACACAAAAAGAAAAUACUUUUUAAGUUAAUUAACAUUUAUUUUGUGUUGUUUUGUCCAUCUCUUAAUAUCUGGCCAUUAUUAGCUACAAACUGGAUGCUGGACUCCACCAUCCACAUAAAGAAUUUAAAAUAGCAUAGCAGCUUUUCUUUAGUGAUGUAAAACCAAUUUAAGUACAUAAGUUAUCUACACCGUCAGUCUACAGUAGUUUAGUCCUGUCCAUUCAGUGUUUUAGGGGGCUUCAUUGAAUAAGAUAAUACAAGAUACAGCAGUACAGAAGACAGGACAGAAGAUGUGUCAGAAAAUAUACUAAAUAUAUAUAAAAUAUAUAUUCUUUGAUGUUAACAAAUUAAAUCUUCUGGAAUAUAAUCAAGAGGAAGAUGAAUGAUCACAAUCAACAUUUUUGCACCAAAAGUGGCAUAACGUUACCCAAAAGCAGUGUGUAAGACUGGUGGAGGUGAACAUGUCAAGAUACAUUAAAACUAAUUAAAAAACAGGAUUAUUCAGCCAUUUCUCAUUUUCUGCAAAUAAAUGCUCUAAAUGACAAUAUUUUUAUUUGGAAUUUGGGACAAAGGUUGUCUGUAGUUUGUAGAAUAAAACAACAAUGUCCAUUUUACUCAAACAUAUACCUAUAAAUAGCAAAAUCAGAGAAACUGAUUCAGAAAAUGAAGUGCUUUCUUAAUUUUUUUCCAGAGAAAAGAAAUACAAUAGAAUAUAAAAAUACCAAAAAUAUAUAAAUCUAGAAAAGAUUACAGGAAACAUGGUGAUAGUAAAUACAUUGUAAAUAAAUAUUAAAUAAAUGGUGAUAAUGCACAUAGUGACUGUGAUUGGUAAAAAGACUCUGCUAUACGUGGUUAAUUUAGAUGCACACAGCAGAGCACUACAGCUAUAUAUUGCACAUAAUGAAUAAAUAGUAAUAAAUACAUAAGGAAUAUAUAAAAAGAUCUGUGUUAUCUUUGGAUGAGGCAUGAUAUACAGAAUAUUUCAGUUUUCAAGGCAUAACAACAAAUUAAAAUGGAGGAUGUGUGAAUAAUUUGAGUGAGAUUGAGAGAGAUGUGCUAUAUAAUAAUUUACAGUAGCAAACAUUGAAAUAUCAGUCACAGAUAGUGUAUAAAUGCACUGUAAAGAUAGCCUAUAUUAAAAAUCAGCCUAUAUGCAGCGGUGAGAGCUCCAGUUGAACAUAUCUCACGUGUUACAGGUUGUGAUACAUUUGUUUGAUUGCAGUCAUCUGGAAUUUACGUUGGCGUAUGUUGCAUGUUUGUUAUAGCCAGGGCUUUAUUAUGCAACAGAUUUAUUUUAAUGCAUACAAUACGAGCGCACUAGUAUAAAAGAAGAUUAGGAUUUUUGAUGCCUGUCCCAUAUCAUCUGGACCCAAUAGCUGCCCAAAUCCUUAGCUUUUAAAAUGGGCACAGGUCUCUGGUGAACUCCUGAUGUGCGCUUUGCAACAUUCAAAUGACGCAGACAUGUCUCUUUUUAUGUCUCUGAGGCCUGAGACAUUGUUGCAGUUUGAUUCAUCUCCAUCAUUCUGUUUUAUUCUAUCUGAGAAUAGCAGUACAGUUUAUCAUGUGAGGCAGUGAAUUUAAGUAGAAUGUAUUUAUCAGUGCAGAGGAUUUUAGCAUUUAGUCUCAGUUUAAUCGUUCUGAGAAAGAGAAAUAAAACACACUGCACCGACACAAAUGAUUCACACUUGUAAUCUUUACAUGUAUAUAAUGUUAUGCAGCUGUCUUUGAUCAUGUAUUUUAUAUUUACAUUAAGAUUAUACACUAUGUCAACAUGUAGGACAAUGUUUUUUUUUUCCUAGCAGGGAGAGGGACAGACAGCACACAUCUGCGUCAGACGUCUACGUAAUAAUGCACACAACCAUCUGGCUCAGUGAAACGCAGGGACAGUCAUGCCACUGUUCACUUGAUUUAAUAAUAGCUACAAAAGCCAUGCGCUACUGAUUCUCAGGGUUUGGCUUAUUGAAAACCUCAAGCUCCUCCUGUCAUGCUCCAAUCCACAAAAGCAGGGGAGACAGAAAAUUACCUUUUUUAUUUUUAUUAUUUCCAGCAUAUUUUCUUGACUUUCUUUAUACAAUGUGUUCCACCUGUACAAAAAUAUGUUGAGGUGAUUUUUAGGGUACAUUUUUAGAGAAAGAUAUUACAGACAAAAUGCUGUACAUUUUUUGUGCAAAGGUUGUUUUUUAUAUAGUGAAUGUAAUAUAUUUCUGUAAAAUCACAGAAAAUCACAGAGAUGUUU